UUGUCAAUGACACAUUGUUUGAGAACAACCCUACAAGUCCUGCAAGAGUAACAUGUUUUUUUCGUCUGCUCCAGACCAUUAAGGACCUCUUUUCUGGAGGCAGACUCACCUGUUCCCUUGCAGCUGUAGGGGCAAACACAGGUGGGUGCCAGGUAAACGUUGCGGUAUUUACAGAGUGGCAUUGAUUUACGCGGCUGUUCUGUUCAAUUUACUGAAAAAUCCCACAAGCUGGAAACUGAGUCUGUAGGUCUGCAAACAGUGAAACCAAUGGCUUUGGCGCUGCACAGUCACAUGGUGGCAGAGUGACACACCUGUGUGGAGCCGUGAGGGCCUUGCAGUUGCGCCAGAGACAGGUGGAGCAGAAGGUCCACGCCGAGGCAGGGCGCAGGUACGGUACAUGUUGCGGGUCCUCGGAAGCCAUGAAUCGGGAAGAUCAUUAUUACCCUUCUCAGGUUUUUAAAGACUCCUGUGCCUACCAGAGAUCACAGGGGGAGGACUACAGCCACAGCCCGCCGCCCUGCCUGUACAUGAGCAGGCAGGUGCACUCUGUCUACACACCGCCGUCCAUGGGAGCCUUGGAACCGGCCAGCCUUCCUGACAUUGGCCCCUACAGUCUACCCAUGCGGGAGGAUCCAGGUGUGCCUCAGCUCCACCAUCCUCAGGGGCUCCAGCAGCAGCAGCCUCUCCUGCCUGCCGCAGGGUAUGAAGACACGGGGGAGCAGAGCAGAUACCACCUCCCUUUCCCCUGGAUGAAAACCACGAAAUCUCACUCACACACCUGGAAGGGACAGUGGGCAGGACCGUACGUGAUGGCGGAAUCAGAGGAGAACAAGCGCACGAGGACAGCCUACACGCGCGCCCAGCUGCUGGAGCUCGAGAAGGAGUUCCUGUUCAACCGCUACAUCUCCAGGCCGCGGCGCGUGGAGCUGGCGCUGACCCUCAGCCUCACCGAGCGCCACAUCAAGAUCUGGUUCCAGAACCGGCGCAUGAAGUGGAAGAAGGAGGAGGACAGACGGAGAGCGAGGGGGGCCGACCCGGACCAGGACUCCUCCAUCAGCUCCGGGGACCAGGGGGAGGCCGCUGGAGGGGUCACCUCCAGCUCACCUCCUGUUUCCCCGCUGCACGGUCACUCCCUGUCUGCAGCUGGGGCCAGAGAGCUCGCAUAGACCUGCAGGAGGUCCUCGGGACUUUAACUCAUGGGUUUCUUUAUUGUAGAGACUUUAAAUCCACAUUUGAGAGGAUUUUUAUAGGAGUCCUUUAAGGUUCAUAUUAAUAAUGGAGAGUGAAACCUGAAAGUCUCUCAUAGAGUUGUGGUAUUAAAAUAAAGUGCUCAUUUUCCGGGACCCCCUUUGAACUUUCUCAAGGACCAUCUAGACCCCCUGUUGGAUACACCUGUCUGUCAUUUGCUGGACUGGAGGGACCUGUCUUCACCAUUUCUUCAUGCGUGUUUUGGGGCUUUCUGUGUACCAGAUGGCAUGCUGAGAUAACCAAAUCAUGCAGGACAAGAGG